AUGAAGACUGAAAUCGAAGGCAUAAAGUCGACUUAUGCUACGCUAGAGUGUGUAAAUGAACUAAGAACGGAAGUCUAUCAGCUAAAAACCGAUUACCCACCGCCGUCGUCAGCUUUCAAAAUGAACAUGAAACGAGGUGCGUGGCUAGACAGUGGACAGAUGGGACUCUCACAUGAUUAUGAUAUGUUGCCCGAUGAGAUAAGUACAAGAAACAUAAAUGAAUCAUUGAUCAUAAAAUCGCCUUCGACGCAAUCUGAAAAAUUGAGGGUAGAACGACAUAAGCCAACAGAAAAUAAACUAAACGACCGACCUGUCGGUGAAACGAGUUCAGGCAAGCGCACUUGCAGGCUGCGGUGA